GGGCCUUCAAACUGUUGUGGGAGGAGUGACACACACCCGAUUUAUAGUUUCGCUGAAAUCAGUUUGUUUUAGCAGAUGGUCUCACUGAACCGCUGAAGAAAAUGUUUCACAUGUUCGUUCUGUUCUGUUUGUGCUGGUGCCGUCUGACUGGUGUGUUUGGUGAUUCACUGUCAGUGAUGGAGGGAGAUUCUGUCACUCUAAACACUAAUCUUACUGAAAUACAUAAAGACGACGAGAUACUGUGGACAUUUGGAGCUGAAAACUCUCUGAUAGCUGAAAUCAUUGGUGGAAGCUUCUCCACAUCUGAUGUUCCUGACAGGAGAUUCAGAGACAGACUGAAGCUGGACGAUCAAACUGGAUCUCUGACCAUCACAAACAUCAGACCUGAACAUGCUGGAGUUUAUCAACUAGAGAUAAGGGGAGCGAAACUGUCAGCAAACACAUUCAAUGUUUCUGUCUAUGCUCGCCUGCCUAUUCCUGUCAUCAGCAAAGACUGUUCAUCAUCUUCAUCAUCAAAUUGUUCAUUGGUGUGUUCAGCUGUGAAUGUGGGUCAUGUGACUCUCUCCUGGUACAAAGGAAACAGUUUAUUGUCCAGCAUCAGUGUGUCUGAUCUCAGCAUCAGUCUCUCUCUACCUCUGGAGGUGGAAGAUCAGGAUAAAAACACCUACAGCUGUGUGCUGAACAAUCCCAUCAGCAACCAGACUCAACACCUGGACAUCACUCACCUCUGUCACACAUGUCCAGACUCUGUCCACUGUUGUGGUCCUACUGAAACUGUGAUCCGAUUGGUCCUCUCUGCUCUGGUGGGCGUGGCUACUGCUGCUGUUCUACUUUAUGACAUCAGAUCUACAUCAUGUUUAAAGAAGAAAACAGAACAGAUAUCAUAAAUAUUGUCAUAACUUGGAGUUUUAAAAUGUACAUAUGAAUAUAAGCAAGGAUUUAAAUUCAAAUAUAGCGCCACACUGUGGCCAAACUAAAACAGUAACUAUGUAGCCUGGUUCUUUCUAAAACUAACUUUAAAAACAAUCAACUUUCUAUUACUAUGUUGUAUAUUUUUAGUUUUCAAUUAGAAUGUUUUAAAGCUACAGAAUGAAUGAAAAUACGUGAAAAGGUUACCAGCAGGUUGAACAGACAGCAUGACUCUGCUGGAUAAUUCAUAUUCAUACAUAAAGACACAAACUGAAAAUGAAGUAAUACAGUAUUAAUAGUCUCCUCCCAACAACAGAAUGGAAAUCCAUUGUGUAUUUCUAAUACAAGUGAUUUAAGAAGUUUUCUGAA